AAAAGGAAAAAGAAAUGUAAAGCCCAAUCGCUUUCGGCAACAUGGAGUAGACUGUGUCAACUUCCUGCCUGUAAACUGUAGAGGCAGAGAAGAAGAGAAGACCACUCCCAGUGGUUCGGUGUGGAGAGCGUCGUUGUUGUUCAUCUCCGGUUGCAAUUAGGGUUUGAAUCAGUAAAUCGAUAAAUCGGCUUGGUGCUGCAUCUGAGAUUGAGAAUGAGAUCCUUUCCACUGCAUUCCAUCUGCUGACAAUGGGCAACUGCGGUACUAGAGACGAGGCUGCUGUCUUCACUCCUCAAGCUCAAGAAACCACAGCUCCCCUGUCUUGGUCUAGAAGGAUGAUGAUUGCUCUUGGAGCGGCGAAAGGGCUUGCUUUCCUCCACAACGCUGAAAGACCGGUUAUUUAUCGGGAUUUCAAGACAUCCAAUAUACUGCUUGACUCGGACUACACAGCCAAGCUUUCAGAUUUUGGGUUAGCUAAAGCUGGGCCCCAGGGUGAUGAAACCCAUGUAUCAACUCGAGUGAUGGGUACUUAUGGCUAUGCUGCCCCAGAAUAUGUGAUGACUGGAAGAAAAUCAGUGGACAAGACAAGACCUAGCAAAGAGCAGAACCUGGUUGAUUGGGCUCGGCCGAAGCUGAAUGAUAAAAGAAAGCUGCUGCAAAUAAUUGACCCGAGGCUGGAGAACCAAUACUCUGUCAGGGCAGCUCAGAAGGCAUGCAGUUUGGCGUAUUACUGUCUUAGCCAGAACCCGAAAGCUAGGCCAUUGAUGAGUGAUGUGUUGGAGAAGAAAAUGUGGCCAGCGGAGGACGGGGAUGGAUGGACUCCAGAGGAGUAUGGAGGAGGUAAGCUUGAUGAGCCGUUGGAGUUGGAGCUAUGCUUUUAG